UUUCUCGCUCCCUCCAGCUGCUGAACUGUGUUUACUGCAGCCAAACUGCAGCUUAGUUUGUCCUUCUUUCCGGCUGUUGGUAACUCAACACAGCGCAGCAGAAAAUGACCUCUCUGUCGAGAACCUAAGACAAUUUUCGUCCCGAGCUGUGUGCACUCGCCCUGGAAGAAGUGAGACCUUCCACUUGUCAGCAUGAGAAGUCGGAGCAACUCUGGCGUUAAAUUGGACAACUAUGCCCGGAUAGUGCAGGAAACUAUCCUGCAGCACCAAGAUCCGGUGACGGGUCUUCUGCCAGGCAGCACCGACCAGCCGGACGCCUGGGUCAGAGACAAUGUGUACAGCAUUGCGUCCGUGUGGGCCCUCAGCCUGGCCUACAGGAAGAACGCAGACAGAGACGAAGACAAGGCCAAGGCCUAUGAGCUGGAACAGAGCGUGGUGAAGUUGAUGAGAGGUGUUCUCCAGUGUAUAAUGAGGCAGCUGGACAAAGUGGAGAAGUUUAAAUACAGCCGGAGCACUAAAGACUCGCUCCACGCCAAGUACAACACCAAGACCUGCGCCACCGUCGUCGGCGACGACCAGUGGGGCCACCUGCAGGUGGACGCCACCUCUCUGUUCCUGCUCUUCCUCGCUCAGAUGACUGCAUCAGGUCUCCAUAUCAUCUACACCCAAGACGAAGUGGAUGUCAUUCAGAAUCUCAUGUUCUACAUCGAGGCAGCGUACAAAGUGGCUGACUAUGGGAUGUGGGAGAGAGGAGACAAAACCAACCAGGGCAUCACAGAGAUCAACGCCAGCUCUAUAGGCACGGCUAAGGCAGCUUUGGAGGCUCUGGAUGAACUUAACCUGUUUGGAGCAAAAGGAGGGCCUGGAUCUGUGGUCCAUGCUCUGGCCGAUGACAUACAGCACUGUCAGUCUAUUCUGACGUCAAUGUUACCCAGAGCCUCCAUCUCUAAAGAGGUAGACGCCGGAGUCCUGGCCAUCAUCACCUACCCCGCCUUCGCUGUGGAGGACAUGAGCAUAGUGAACAUGACGAAGGAGGAGAUCAUCUCUAAACUGCAGGGUCGAUACGGCUGCUGCAGGUUUCUCAGAGACGGCCACAGGACUCCCCGAGAGGAUCCAAACCGGCUGUAUUACGAGUCCGCUGAGCUGAAGCUGUUUGAAAACAUAGAGUGCGAGUGGCCUCUGUUUUGGACGUAUCUCAUACUCGACGGCAUUUUUAGCAACAGCCAUGAGCAGGUGCUGGAGUACCAGGAGGCGCUGGAGGCGAUCCUGAUCAAACAGAAAGAUGGGAUCCGGCUGCUGCCAGAACUCUACAGUGUCCCUCCAGAUAAGGUGGAAGAGGAGUACAUGAACCCUCACUCAGUAGAAAGGAUCCCAAUGGGGAAGUGUCCUCUAAAAUGGGGUCAAUCGUUGUACAUCCUUGGAAAACUCCUCUCUGAGGGUUUUCUCGCCCCCGGAGAGAUCGAUCCCCUUAACAGACGGUUCUCCACGAUCCCUAAGCCUGAUGUAGUUGUACAGGUGUCCAUUUUGGCUGAGACGGAUGAGAUUAAGGGGCUGCUGAUGAAGAAUGGUAUAAACGUGGAGACCGUGGCGGAUAUCCAUCCCAUCCAUGUUCAGCCCUCCAGAGUCCUGAGCCACAUCUAUGCCAGACUCGGCCGUAACCCAAGGCUCGGCCUUACAGGGAGACCCUACAGAAGAAUAGGAGUCCUGGGAACCUCCAAGUUCUACAUCAUUAGAAACACAAUCUUUGCUUUCACUCCUCAGUUCAUCGACCACCAGCAGUUCUACUUGGCUCUGGACAACAAGAUGAUCGUGGAGAUGCUGAGGAACGAGAUUGCCUACCUUGCGUCCAGAUGGAGGAUAACCGGACGACCGACGGUCACCUUCCCCAUCUCACAGACCAUGCUGACUGAAGACCGCACCGACCUGGACCCUGCAGUCAUAGCUAUGCUAAAGAAGCUACAGGACGGAUAUUACGGAGGAGCAAGGACCCAGACGGGAAAGCUGUCGGAGUUCCUGACUACUUCCUGCUGCGCUCACCUCAGCUUCCUCGACGGUAAGGGUUCCGGCAGCAUGGGCCGGCACGGCGACCAGUAUGAUGAUGAUGAUGACGGCGAUGGAUACAUGCAUGAAUUGCGUUGUGAUGAUGAAGCGGACGACCUCGCCCAGUAUCUGGACCACCUGUUGGCGCACUCUUCCCCCAAGAAGUCUAAGCGUCAGCCAGGAGGCCUGGGCAGGUUCAAGGCGGCGGCCACCAAGACCAAAGAGAUGGUUUCUCUGAUGAACAAGGCUCAGGAUCUGAACGUACACAACGUCAACAUGUACCUACCGAGCAAGCUGUUUCAUUCCUGUCAGCCGUCACUCAACCUGAAUCUCCCAGACCCUUCUGAGCCGCAGGAAACGGAGAGCUCGGCGGUGUCGGUCACAGCGGAGAGCGGCAUCCCCAGAGACGAAAGCGGAGCCAUCGACUACGACGCUCUGGUGCAGCUGCUGAAGGACACGAAAAACCUCCAGGACCAGGCAGAUAUCCUUUACAUCCUCUUCAAAGACAAGGGCAUGGAGUGGGACACCCAGCUGCAAGGCAAAGGCUCCACAGUCAGAUCUCUACUGAGCGAGCUUUAUGAGAAGGCUGGUGACCUCAAACACUGGGGCCUCGUCAGGAUGAUCUCUGGGAUGCUGAAGAAGAAGGUGGAGGAGCUCGACUCGGCUUGCUCUGACUUGCUGGCGCACCAGAAGCACCUGACCGUGGGACUUCCACCUGAGCCGAGAGAGAAGACCAUCACGGCUCCCAUCCCUCCGGACCAGCUGGCCGCUCUCAUCGACGAGGCCAGCGACAACAACAUCAGCUUGGCCAUCCUCACCCAGGAGAUCAUGGUGUACCUGGCGAUGAGCAUCAGGACUCAGCCGUCUCUGUUCAGCGAGAUGUUCCGGCUGCGGAUCGGCCUCAUUAUUCAGGUCAUGGCUACCGAACUGGCUCAGUCACUCAGCUGCUCAGGAGAGGAAGCCACAGAGAGCCUGAUGAGUCUCAGCCCGUCUGAGCUGAAGAAUCUGCUGCACCACAUCCUGAGUGGGAAAGAGUUCGGAGUGCAGCGCAGCGUAAGGGAGGCAGACGUCGGCGUCAGUCCUGCCAUCUCCAUCCAUCACCUAGGCAACACCGGCGCCACCAAGAGCGAGAGAGCAGGCAUCAGUAAACUGAAGAGCGACAUGAAGAUGCUGGAGCGCCGGUUGUCUAUGCUGGACCCCAGUAAGCUCGACCAGCCUGUGACGCCCACUGAGAAGGGUAUCCGAGCUCAGUCAAUGGACGUAGAAAGCAUCGAAUCUGGGAGGUACAGACUGUCCUCUGUAGAGUCUAUUGACGUUCCGGACAGCUUCCCUGUUUCCAAGGACACCAGACAUGGCCAGUGGCUGCGCAGGAGGCGGCUGGACGGAGCGCUGAACAGGGUCCCCGUUGGCUUCUACCAGAAAGUGUGGAAGAUCCUGCAGAAGUGCCAUGGUCUGUCCAUAGAGGGCUUUGUCCUUCCAUCUUCAACCACCAGAGAGAUGACACCUGGAGAGAUUAAGUUCUCCGUCCACGUGGAGACGGUGCUGAACCGUGUCCCCCAGCCCGAGUACCGACAGCUGCUGGUGGAGGCCAUCCUGGUCCUCACCAUGCUGGCCGACGUGGACAUCCCCAGCAUCGGCUCCAUCAUUCACGUGGAAAAGAUCGUCCACCAGGCCAACGACAUGUUCUACAAAGAUCAGAAGGACCUGGGAGCGGAAGAGCACAUCCUGGAGAAGGACCCGUUCACGGGAGUGUGCAAGCUGUUGUACGACAGCGCUCCCAGUGGCCGCUUUGGGAGCAUGACCUACCUCACUAAGGCUGUGGCGGUGUAUGUGCAGGACUUCCUGCCCAGCGGGGCCUGUGCGGUGCAGUGAUGGUCUACAAGAAAACGAUGUAGUGUGUUUUAUAGCACAGUAAUAAACUAACAGAAUGAUGAGAUGCCAUAAGGUCAGAGUGUUAAAGCAGAAAGUGUGCUGCUAUUUUUGUUAGGCUGUAAAGUAAAAGCCAUGUUGCUAGCUAGUUGGCUUUUUUUUACAAGUUAGCAAUUUUAAGGAAGUCCUCAGUGCUCAUAUCUAUUUAAUAACCUUCGCUUCAUCCUUUACUCAUACAGCAUGAUUGGACAGCAACAGAAAAUCAAAAUUUCUUCUCCGGAGCUGCUCGGGAUUGUAAUUUCCUCCAUACCAGCAAAUUACAUAAAUUAAAAUGUAAAAACUAAACAGAUCCCAUCUAUAUUUUCCUCAAAAUGAGUUGAGGAAUAUUAAGGGAUGUAAUGAAGCACAAGCUCAGGAGAUUACACACAAUUUAAGGUUUACAACAAAAGUUUACCUAUGCUUUUGAGUAUCAUGAAUAGAUUUACCAAACUGAACCUCACAGCCCUUUAAGAAACUCUAACAUAAAUCUAACUUGGACUUGCUAAUAUUGUUGAUACUGAGUGUAGAGUGAUCAAAUUCCAGUUUGACAAAAGUAUUUUAGAGUCUGAAUUAGAGGCAAAACUUAUUAGAUAUAACAAAUAUAUCCCUUAAAUUUAGCACUGUGACAUUAUUGUUGGCAUUUAGCCAAAGUUAGCAUUUAACGGUUAGGAUUAUUUCCACAAUGCUUACAAAUUACUCUUGUUUUUUAUCACCCCAUCACUUCUUCUUUUUUUUUUUUACCCAAAUGCUACAGAGGAAUGGUUUAAAAUUGCUACAGAAACACUGAAAAAGUUUUUACCAGAGUAUUUUUGACUACAAGUCUUUCUUUUUUUUUUCUUUUUUUUAGUCGACUCUAAGUGCCACAGUGCAGCUUACCUACUUCCUGUAUGAUUUUGAAAAGUGAGUUUCUAACUUCUUUUAGUCAAAUGAAGUCUGACAUUCAUAAAACGGAUAAAUGGAUUUGUCUUUGAAGAGAAAAAUACUAUUUAAUAUCUGGAGGACUUGUGACUGUACUCUGCACCUGUUUGCUGACUUCUCAAACUCAGCUAUACAUCCGCCUGAGAUUUUCAGUUUCUGUGUCUUACUUUUUUUAAUGGGUGAGAGCCAUGAUUACAAACUGCAUUUGUUCUUAAUAAGAAAGAAAAAUGCUAACUAAUUUAUCGCCACUUUAGUAUUGAUGCUAUGCUUAUUUUGUACAAUGCUGUCUGAAUGUUGCUUUUUUUUUCGUUGAAUUUUGUUCCGAGUUAAGUGUCAAAGCUUCACAUGUCUUCAACCCAUUUAUUUGUUGCUCUUUUUUGUAUAGAAAUCAAUUUUUAUCUGGAGUAAAGGAAUUGAACAAUCAACAACUAACUGAGCUGAUUAUAACGAAGGCAUUUGCUUUCGUGUGUGUGAUCUUCAUUGACUGAACAACUUCAAAGUGGAUAGUUAAUAGUUCACAAUAUAGUACGAUUGUAUCUCCACCAGGGUUCGUAAUUGGACAGCAAUGUAUAAAAAUCUUUACACUCUUAUUUAUUUAGUUGUUAUGGGAUUUUAAGACGGUAACACAACUAAAGGAUGUUCAAAAGACGUCUGAAAGGGCCGUAACACUUUUAGUUUUCACUGUUAAAAAGCAGCUUUUUCAGUUUUGUGUUACUGAAAAUCAGCGUAUUUCUUACUCAUAUUUGCCUUUAUUGGGUUAGUGAGCGUAUCGCUCCUUUUGAGCAGAAGCUGUGAUAUUGUCCAGAACUUACCGCUUACCGUAGACCGAGCUGUUUGCUUGAUUAUAGUGAACUGUCAGCAGUUUAUACACACAUCUGUUGUCUUUGCACUAUAUUUCGAACAUGUUUAACCCUUGGUUUAUAUGCUCGCUGUCCCAUAUUUUGAGAGGAGAUCAAGAAUGAAUUGAGUGUCGGUGAAGAAAAUGCCUGACUGUGCCUCUGGUGCAUUGACAAGCUGAUAUUACAUAUUUUCUGAUGUAUUUAAGCGUUUCUCCUCGAUGACGUCAGUCGCAGUGAAAAGAGAAUGAGUGCAUCUACUGAGUGAGCUGCUUGUUGACUGUUUUUGAAACUAAAUCUGUAAUAAAACUGUAAAAUCAACUGUA